ACCCAGGAUCUGAACUAGCGAAACCCUGGGCCGCCGAAGCGGAGUGUGUGAACUUAACCACUUGGCCACGGGGCCGGCCCUCUCAUUACAUUUUUUUCUUAAUCUUCAUAUUUUAGUAAAAGAAAUAUGUAGUGAGCAUUCACAGGUUUUAUCGUAGAAACCCAAGUGAAUUUGGAAUCAUGAAAAAAAUGAAUCAAAUUAGAAAACUUUGACAAGAACCUCAAAUGUAGUUUGAUGUUCCUUAGAAUAAAAAAAUGAAACUAACAGACUUGUAAAAAUAUGAGAGUAUCUUUAGCUUCAUAAUCCAAGGAACCAAAUUAAAAAAGACAAAAAAUGAUGGAUUGUGUUCUGUGAAAUAGAAAACUCAAUAAUUACCUAAAAGAUUUACUGUCAAGUCAGAUGAUCUUUAGUACUUGGAGAAACUACUUUUGUUUUGAAGAUUAGAGUAGAGUGGAUGUGUUCACUUUUUUUCUUUAAAAUAUAAAUAGAAAAUCUUGCCCACUGUUAAAGCUUUACUGGUUUGAGAAAAGUAAAUCAAAAAGGACUUACACCCAUAGGAUUUAUUAUUUUUUAAGGACCUCCUCUCACAGUGGUAUUGAAACAUUUACUGUGGCAUCAUAAAGGAAUUUAUAAUUUAUGUACUUAUAAAGUUAGUUUUACAGAUGAAUAAAUGAUAUGAUGUGUAUAUUGGCCUAAAUAUAUGGUUUUAAAAUUCACAUAGCUCGAGAUAUGUUAUGAAUUUCUGAUUAGAGUAAGUGGUCUCAAGACCUAUAAAAUAAACUAGGUUAUCCCUAAGUGUUCAUAGUUUUCUGCUAGUAGGUUUAGAUAUACUUCAUCCAUAAAAAUAGAGCAUUUGCUAUAAAGACCUACUUUCCGUUAUACUAUCCCAAAAUGUUGAAUAUUCUAAACAUUUUACUUGGGAUGCAUUAUAUGAUGUUUUUGUAGAUUUAUUUUCCUGAUUAUGUUUUACUUAGGCUAAUAUUAAAAUAAAUUCUUACUAAUAGUAGAAGGUGGUGGCUGAGAAGUACUCUGGGUAACAGAAGGAAGCCAACUUGGAUUAAAAUUUUGCUGAGAAUAAUCUGAAAAGUGAGUAACCUACAUCUACGUAGUUGAGAAUAAACAGCACCAUAAUCCUAAGUGUAUAUUAUUAUACAAAUGUAUGAAAGGCCCUUUUCAAAUCCACGGAGAGAAGUUGUCUUUUCUGGGCUGUCUUUUAAAUGUGUUUCUGUAAUUUGCAAAAAAUUGUGGCUUAAAAUUUAUGUUGAUCACUAAGUCGUUAGUUGUCAUGAAAGACUAACAUAGAGAAUGAGGAACAAAUGAAAAGGCCUGCUCAAACAUCAGACAGCUAAAAAGCAGUAUAGGACCCCAAAUCUGCUUUGUCCUCUCCCAAAACAAUGCAUAACCCAGAUUCAUUUGUCAGAGGCUUAAAGCACUGGUGUCAGGUGUGUUUAGUGACAUCUCUUAACUCCACCUUGUAAAGUUUUAUAUUAGUUGUGGGGUUUAAAAAUCAAAGGAUAUCUUAGAAUCAUUUUGAUUUGGCAGCAAUCCUCAUCAUUAUCUUGAACAAUCUCAUCAUUUCUCAGAUUAGGAAGAAGGACAGAGGGUAUGACUUGUCUAAAUCAAUGGCCUUUGCCAGAGCUGCCACUAGAAGCAGUUACUUGACUCCCAGUCCUCUGCUCUUUCUACUAUCGUAAUAUAUGUUGUAAGCUUUUAUUUCUUAAUGCUUGUUUGCCUAGUAUUUGUGUAGUUACUUUAAUCCCAUCCAGUGAAAGUUUUGUUCAUUUCCUGAAUUUGUUUAAUUUAUUUUAGAAUUAUUUCACACUUCACUUAAUCAGAUUUUCCUUUGGUGUAUGACACCCUUACCUGGGACUUAGAAACCUGUGAUUCCUGAAAUUUUGGACUCUAGCAAAAUGCCAUUGGUAGCAUUGAUACUAGAUUGAACAGAUGAAGACUUUAAGACAAAGAAUUGUAGAUUUUUGGAGUUGGAAGAGAAUUUUAAAAAUACCUAAUGCAAACCACACAUUUUACAGAUGAGGAAAGAGGUUAAGAUAAGUUAAUUGCCAAGUUUAUAUCUUAUGGGUCCUUAUGACAAAAUGAAUGGUAGUCAAGAUUCUAUACAGUAAAAUUUGUUUGGUUUCAUUACAUGAUAGGGCUUAAGGUUCUUGAAAUCAGUGAGUAAGUGGAAUGCAGUUUAUCUAGCAGUUUCCUGUUGGAGCUAUUUCGAUUUCCAGGGAUAAGGAAGCAAAAGAGAAAGUUCAGUAUUAAGAAAUUCACGUGGAAAGGGUUCAGAGGUGCACGGGUGAAUAGUAGAAAGUUGAUGAAGUGGGAGUAGAUGAAAAGUGAUGUUAGGUUAUAGGAUGACCCUGGAAAGUAAAGAUUUUAGGUGACUGUGCUUAUAAUUUGGAAAGAAAGAAAGUAACAACUGGAAAAUUUUGGUUUUAGGUAAGCUAGUAUAACCAAGGAACUUGAUGUAAGGUUCUGGAACAUUUAGAAGUAGUCAUUAUCUGAGCCAGCCCUGAUAGUCUAGAGGUUAAAGUUCAGUGCUUUCACUGCUUUGGUGGCCCAGGUUCGUUUCCUGCUUAUGGAACCACAUCAUCCAUCUUUCAGUUGCCAUGCUGUGGUGGCGGCUCACAUGGAAGAACUAGAAGGACUUAGAACUAGGCUAUGAAACCAUGCACUGGGGCUUUGGGGAGGGGAAAAAAAGGAAGCUUGGCAAGAGAUGUUAGCUUAGGGUGAACCCUUCCCUGCAAAAAAGUCAUCUGAAAGUACUACCGAGUGAUUUUAGACGCCCUAGAGCACUGUUAUGCUUUUGAAGACAAAUCAUGUAGACAGGACAGUUUAAAAAUGUGUACCACUUUGAUAGUUUGAGAAGAGUUUUCCAAGACUAAAAAUAGUUAAGGAUUGACUAGUAGUAAUGUAGAUAUUUUUCUUGGCCUUUUACAGUCAUGUGUUGCUUAAUCACUGGGAUAUCAUUCUCAGAAAUGCCUCAUUAGGUGAUUUCAUUGUGUGAACCUCAUAGAGUGUACUUAAACCUAGAUGGUAUAGCCUACUACAUACCUAGGCUAUAUGGUGCUGACCUUAUGGGAUUGCCAUUGCAAUGUGGUCCACUAUUGACUAAUGUUUUUAUGUGGUGCAUGACUGUAUUAUGGUAUAAGCGCUUAAUCUCUCUGAUUUGUUCAAAAUAUAAAAUUUUCAGAGAUGACCAAAAAUCUGCAUACAGUCUGAGAAAUGAGCUGUAUUGGCAGAUUAUUUGAAAGUGACUUUGGGGAGAGAUUUCGAAUGGGUUGUCCUGAUAGCUAUGUGGUAAUCAGUUUUCUGCUGUACAGUUAGUACCAUGUUUUUAUGGGGGAAUGGGGAAUGAAACAUAAUGAUUAGUUGACACCUGUUGUGUGCUUAGUAUCUAUCAGGUACUACUCAAAGCUCUUUACACGUGUGAACUCACUUAAUCUUUACAAUAACCCUAUGAAAUAGUUAACGUUUGUCUCAUUUUACAAGUGAGAAAACUGAGCUUAGAGCAUAAUAUGAAAAAGGAGUUUUAUGCUACGUAAGUGUCCAAAAGAUACUCUUGGAAUUGCAAUUGGAAGGCUGAAUUCCAGUAUAUUUCUGUCAUUUCUGGGGACAAGAGGACAGAAUAUUUGUCAUCAGAAGACUACUCCAAGAAAUUUAGAUUGAAUGAUAGCCUCAGUUGUUUUGCAGCCAGGUCCAUCAUUUGGAAAUCAGGAAGGCUUGUGUCUCAUAUAUGAGAGAAAAUCAACAAACUUUUGAAUCUUAUGUGGAGGGAUCUUUUGAGAAAUACCUGGAACGGUUGGGAGAUCCCAAGGAAAGUGCGGGCCAGCUGGAAAUAAGAGCUCUUUCUCUAAUUUAUAAUCGGGAUUUCAUUCUUUAUCGCUAUCCUGGAAAGCCUCCAACUUAUAUCACAGAUAAUGGCUGUAAAGACAAGAUUGUACUCUGCUAUUCAAAUAAUGGUCAUUAUGAUUCAGUGUACUCAAAACAAUUUCAGUCAAGUGCAGCUGUUUGUCAGGCUGUAUUGUAUGAAAUUCUCUAUAAAGAUGUCUUUGUUGUGGGUGAAGAAGAGUUGAAGACUGCUGUUGAAUUGUUUCGAAGUGGUUCCAAGAAGAACAGAAACAAUGCUGUGACUGGCAGUGAGGAUGCCCAUAGUGACUACAGGAGUUCACCGCAGGAUAGGACUGAAGAGUGGGAUGCCUGCUGCAAUGUUGAAAAUAUACCAGAGGGGUACAAUCAAGAAACAGAAGAAGCAAAGUCUCCAGAAAAUCCAUCAAAGAUGCUCUUGCCCUAUAAGGUGCUCAAAGCCCUGGAUCCAGAAAUCUAUCGUAAUGUAGAAUUUGAUGUUUGGUUGGACAGCAGAAAAGAACUUCAGAAAUCUGAUUACAUGGAGUAUGCUGGGAGACAGUACUAUUUAGGAGACAAGUGUCAGGUUCGCUUGGAGUCAGGUGGAAGAUAUUAUAAUGCUCACAUUCAGGAAGUUGGAAAUGAGAACAAUUCAGUAACAGUCUUCAUUGAAGAAUUGGCAGAAAAGCACGUUGUUCCACUGGCUAACUUAAAACCAGUUACCCAAGUGACACCAGUUCCUGCCUGGAAUGCUAUACCCAGUCGGAAAGGAAGAGGUUACCAGAAAAUUUCCGGGAGCUGUGUCCCAGAAAUGGGUGUGUCAGAGAUGGACGUGAAGCAGCGGAAGAAGAUGUUCAAGAAAGUUAGAGGGAAAGAGGUUUAUAUGACUAUGGCUUACAGCAGGGGACACCCCCUCCUCCCACCCAGGCUUCAGCACAGUAUGCAUUAUGGGCAUGACCCUCCAAUACACUACCCACAGCCUGCUGGCAAUGUUAUGUCUAAUGAACAUUUUCAUCCUCAACAUCCAUCUCAGAGACAAGGUCGGGGAUAUGGGAUUCCCAGGGAUUCAUCUCGCUUUAUAAAUAGGCAGAACAUGGUGGGCCCUAAAGUUGGUUUUUACCCUGGCCCAGGUAAAAGGUGCUGCCAGAGCUAUGAUAACUUCUCCUAUAGAUCUCGUUCCUUUAGACGUAGUCACCGCCAGAUGCAUUGUAUGAAUAAGGAGUGCCAGUAUAGCUUUGCCCCAGAGAAUGGACAGAUGCCCGGGGGCUUGGAAGAAACCAUUACUUAUUACGAAGUUGAAGAAGGGGAUGAGACUGCUUAUCCACCUUUACCUAAUCAUGGAGGGCCUUCUACAAUGGUUCCUGCUACUUCAAGAUACUGUAUUGCAAGGCGAGGACAUAGCUCAGGCAAACAGACUUUGAAUUCAGAGGAGGGUGAUGGCCAGAGUGACAAUGGAGGAUAUCAUGAAGAAUAUAUUUAUCCUUCAGAACCAGAUUAUGAAACUUCAGGAGUUCACAGCACAACUGAAUCGACAGCAAACUUGUCUCUUCAGGACAGAAGACCAUAUUCUCUGUCUCCUCAGGACACAGUUACCUCAUACAACUACCCCCAGAAGGUGAUGGUAAAUUCUGCAGCAGUUGCAGCUUCCUGUGCCAAUAAUGUUCCAGCUCCAGUCUUACCUAACUAUACAGCAGCUAAUCAAACUGGUAGUACCACUUCAGUUUCCUCACAGAAUGCUAUACAACCUCUGUUUGUAUCUCCACCUACACAAGGCAGGCCAGUGAUUGCUUCACCAUCUUAUCCAUACCUCUCUGCUAUUAUUCCUGCUGCUGCUGCCUCUCUGCCACCACCACCUCCACCUCCACCACCUCCUCCCCCUCCCCCUCCUCCCCCUCCUCCCCCUCCUCCCCCUCCUCCUCCUCCUCCUCCUCUCGAGAUGGGAGAGGCUUCAAAUUUACUGCCACCACCUCCACCUUAUUCCUGUGAUCCAAGUGGCAGUGAUCUGCCUCAAGAUACAAAAGUUUUGCAGUACUAUUUCAAUCUGGGAUUGCAGUGCUAUCACCACAACUACUGGCACUCCAUGGUCUAUCUGCCGCACAUGCAGCAGCAGCAACAACAGUUUCAUGUGGAAAAUUAUCCAGUCUAUACUGAGCCACCUCCUCUGGUAGAUCAAACCAUUCCUCAGUUGUACGGUGAGGUUGGGAGGCAAGAUGGCACACAGGCGGAAGCAUCAGCAAAUGGUACUUUUCCAAAUGCUGAUUCUGCAUCUGUCCCUCAUGGAGCGGUCUAUUAUCCAGUGAUAUCAGAUCCCUAUGGGCAGCCACCUUUGCUGGGUUUUGAUUCUUGCCUUCCUGUUGUGCAAGAUUAUCCCUAUGUUACCCCCUGGCAUCCAGUUGGUGCAGCAUAUGGUGGUGGUUCUCAAAUUCAUGGUGCUAUGAAUCCUGGGCCGGUUGGCUAUGUUGCUUCACCACCCUCAGCUUCUCAUUACGUACCUCAGAAUAUGUAAGAUUCAGCAGUAUGAAGUAUCCUUGCACUGCCAUUUUUCUUGCUGUUUUGGUUUUUAAAAAGUAUUUUAUGUUAGUGGUUAAGUGAUUUAGGUGGUUAGGGUGGUUACUAUUAUAUCUGUCUUUAAGAUUAUUUUAUCUUUUGAUUUAAAAUAGUUCUUUAAAAUAAAGGAAUAUUACUUUGGGUUGUGAGUAAGGAAAUUGAGAUGAAUGUACAACUAGCUCCAUAUUGAGCAUACUUCAUUGUAUUCAGUUGUUUUCUUGUCAGCCAGCUUGUCAACUUUUUAUUAGCUGAUAGUACCAAUUGAUAAAAGGAAUAAAUCAAACAAAGUACUUCCUUGGUUCAGAUGUCACACAUCAUAUUAAACCAUGCAAAACUGGAAUAACUUCCACUUUUUUCUAGAAAAUAAGACAAACCAAGAGUAUUUGCUUCUGGGUAACUAACCUAAUAUUAAAUGAGAGAGCUCUUCAGGUUUCUUAAGAAUUGUGUGAACUGAGUUGCGUUCUAUGAUGUUAAUCAGUUUCGAAGGCACAUGGUGCUCUGCUUUAGAUUUAUCCCAUGUGGUAUUGUUUAAUAUUGGAUUUAUGUAAAUGUUUUACUGCACAGUAUUGAAUUGGUGUCCUUUGCACAGUUAGCAGUAAAUAAAAAUUAUCAUUUAAAAUUGCUAAAAUGAGUGGGAUUUUCUUUUUUGCUUUCUUCAUUGCAGCAAAGAGUACCAGACAUUCAAUGUUCCAGUGUGUUUUUUUCCCCUUGUAUUUUGGUUGCAAGAGAAUGUGAAUUUACAGCGUGAACUGGCAGGGCCAGUUGAAAUGUUAUGUAAUUUCAAGAUGGUGCAAUGCAUACUACCAUAUCUAGUUCUUUUCCUUUGAGAAUGUAUCUUUUUAGGUUGUAUUUCUGUUUCUUAAAAAAAUCUGUUAACUACCUUAUGGAACUUUAAUCUAGACUUACUUUCUCAUUUUCCUAUGCUUCUAAUAGUUGUCGUACCUUGUAGUUUUUGUUUUUAGACUUAGCUUGUAUCUCUCCAGGCCUGCCUUGUCUCUGACUUUCUGUGAGAUGUAUUUCAUCAGCCUUUCUGCCUUCUCCCUUUCAUCUACCCAAAGACCACAAGAUCUUCUGUAUUCAUCAGUUCUCCUCUGAGGGGUAAUUCAUCAUGAAUGCUUUGCUGUAUCUCACCUGACAAACAGCUAUUUUACAAGUGUUCUUUGGUUGCCUCAAAACCUAUUUAUAUUGCCUUCUUUAAAGAUUAUUUGUGCUUAUGAAUCAGUCUGUCCUUUCCCACCUUCAGCUACACCCCAGGGAAAAAGAACCAUUUGAGACCUCUGGGCUUGAGGUGUUUGAACAGUUGAAAGAACUGGAGUGGAAUCCAUUGCAAAGAAGAUAUGUUCUGUCUUCAGUGUACUAUUCUCAAGAUGAUUGACAUUAAUGAGUUCCAAAUCAGUCAUUGUACUAGUUCAGGCUUCUUCUUCAUAAUAGACAUGGAAUGGGUUGUGUUUUGUUUUUGCAUCCUUGAUCUUAAGAAGUCCUUGCUCUACAAGUUGGCAUCUGACAACUUUAGUAAAGAAAGAUGGACAACAGUGCACUGAUCUUUAUAACAACCUAACUAUGGAUUAAUGUUUUAGCUUCUUCUCUGCUAACCUUCUGGGUUCUCAAUUUUGUGCAGCCUACAAAUUGUUUUAUAUUUUAAAUAAAGAUUUAGUCAAGUUUAAAACGUGGAGCAACCUCUCUUCAACAUUUUUCAAAUGUGCUGACGUUUCUGAAAUAUACAUAACUCACAGCAAGUGAUUGUCCUGUAUCUUCAACUGUCAGUGGUUCACUAAUUAGUUUCUAAGGAGUGUUUUAGAAGGUUGUAGUCUAUCUCAAGAGUGAGA